AUGUCAAAAGACAAGGAGGGGGUGCUGAUUGAUGGGGAUGUAUUGGAGAGUGUAAGAUCUCUGUAUGCUGUGAACAGUAAGCAACAAGGAGUGGAGAUUGUACUGGGUCUGGCUGGCAUGGAGUUAACUUUCUUCAUAGCUGUCCGUAUGGAGAGACUGACUGGCAAAUCACUGCAAAACAGGCAAAGCAACAAGUCAGUCCAUAUUACCUGUUAUCCCAGGGUGUAUGAGAAAGUCCUUUUAAAGAUGCAUGGAAUAUCACAUGUUGCAUCAACACCAGUAGCAGGUUCAACAGUGUUUAAUGGAGAACGUAGACACAGCCUCUCACAACAUAUUUCUCCAAGUUAUGCUUGUGCCUUUUUGGAUGAUGACCAUGCCUAUGAGUGUUGUUCCACAAGUCCUCUGACAGGCUCUCUUUCCACGUGUCGCCGCAGCCCUCGACUGCUUUCUAACGGUUAUUACGUUUUGACAGAAGACAGUUUUCUGUCUGAUGAAGAAGGUAACAUAACACUGACACCAUCCCGGACAAAUGUUACAUAUAAAGAGAAUUUAGUUCGCGUAUUCAGGCGAAGGAGGAAAAUCCGUCGCUCUCUUCACAGCUUGUUCAAUCUUAGUGCCUCUAGUUCAUGGCUCAGCAGCACUGUCCUCACCAAUGUGGAUUCCUCCCACGUAGAUGAUCCUUGGCCUGAUGGCUGCGAUAAACUAGAAAUCACUCAGAGUGACAAUGGUGAUUCAGACUUUUCUUCUGAAUAUAAUAGCUAUGUGCCACAAAAGCAAACUCCAGCAUCUAAUGGAGCCUCUCUCAUCAAAGAUGAGGGCUUUAUCCAGCCUUGGGAAUCAUUUUGUGCUUGUGCUUCACAAUCCUGCUCUCCAUUUAUGAUGAAUGCAAAUCAAAAGACUUUGAGCGAUGCAGAAUCCAGCACAGUGAGAAAUGUCCUUUCUCAGAUGGUUGCACUGAUCACGUGUUUAAUCAUUUCAAUAUGUACAAGAUAUUUUCUGGGAGGAUUGUCUGCCACUUUGUUGCUGAUAAUUUUAGUUUUUCUUUUGUCCCAAGAUGCUGCUGUGUCACCUUUCUUCAGCCUUGACACAUCUUUCAAGACAACUGAGUUUUG